AUGUCUCAUACUCAACAAAAUACCGUGGUCGUUGUGGGCGGUGGUUUAGCAGGCCUCACUGCUGCUGUAGAAGCUCAUAAUCAAGGUAAUACCAAAGUUAUCUUGAUUGACAAGGAGAAGAACAUUGGUGGCAAUUCAAUGAAGGCUACUUCUGGUAUCAAUGCCAUCGAACCAUUGAGCAAGGAUACUCGUGAAGCAUUUAUCCAAGAUACACUCAAAUCUGGUGCUGGAAUUAGUCAUGAGGAUCUUGUCACAAAGUUAGUGGAUGAAAGCAGACCCGCUCUGGAUUGGUUGAUCAAGGAGAGUGAAGUAGAUGGUGUUCCUUCUUUGGACCUGUCUGUCGUUUCUCGCUGCGGUGGUCAUUCUCAUGGUCGUACCCUUCGCUGUCCUGCUCAGAAUGGUCGUCCUGUACCCGUAGGUUGGAAAUUAGUAGAGACCCUCAAGAAGCGUUUUACUUCCUUUGAUGAUGCUGACGCUCAAAUCAUCACGAAUACUCGUGUCACCAACUUGGUCAUGGAAAACAAUGCUGUUGCAGGUGUCGAGAUUGUAAAGAAGGACCCCGAGACAGAAAAGGAAUCAAAAGAGGUAAUCAAGGCGGAUGCUGUGAUUUUGACAAGCGGUGGUUUCGGCGGACAAACUGGCAAGCAUUUACCUGACGGUCAAAGCACAUUGCUGAGUGAAUUUGCUCCUCAGCUGGUACACACAGCCACUACAAAUGGCCCCUGGGCUGCUGGUGAAGGUGUACGUCUUGGCUUGGCAGUUGGAGCAGGCAUGAGAGAUAUGGAUCAAGUGCAAGUGCAUCCUACAGGUUUCGUUGAUCCCAGUAACCCAACUGCUCCUACAAAGUUCUUGGCUCCUGAAGCGCUCCGAGCUUAUGGCGGUGUUCUUUUGAAUGGCGAGGGUAAGCGUUUCACAGAUGAGUUGACCUUGCGUGAUAAAGUCACUGCUGCUGUGAAUCGCCAAUCUGGUACGAUCCACUCUCGUCCCAACAGUUUCAUGAGCAAGACAUUGCCUGAAACGUAUGCUGCUGCUUAUAUGGUACUGACUGAUGAAGCUGUAGAAGGCUUUGGCAAGAGUACAUUGGGAUUCUACGCUUCUAAGGGUUUCUUUACACAAGCAGAGGGCCUCGAGAAGUUAGCCAAAGUGUUGGAUGUAGAUGUAAAACAAUUGGAACAAGAAUUCAAGGAGUACGACACUCAUGUUGGACAAGAGAAGCCUGAUAGCACUGGAAAGACGUUCUUUCCUAGUCCUCUUUCUGGUCCUACUACGUACUGGGUUGGUCUAAUCACUCCUGUUGUACAUUAUACUAUGGGCGGUCUUGAUAUGAAUACAGACGCUGCCAUCCUAGCCGAAGAUAAUAGUAAAGUUAUUCCUGGAUUGUAUGGUGCUGGUGAAGUCACUGGUGGUGUUCAUGGCCAUAACCGUCUGGCUGGUAACUCUCUUUUGGAAUGUGUUGUGUUUGGUAGGACUGCUGGUCGCAAUGCUGCUCUCUACGCCAAGAAGCACUGA